AUGGGUUCCGUUGCAGCUGAAAGAAAAAGUAUCAUCGUGACAGGCGGCGCCUCAGGGAUUGGGUUAGGCAUCACAAAAUCAUUCGCCGAGCAAGGCGCCCACAUCUCAGUGCUAGACGUCAACCCAGAUGGCGCCAGCAUUGUGGAAGGCCUGAGGGCGGAGUAUCCUGGGGCUAGCUUUUCGUUCAGCAGAUGCGAUGUCUCGAAUUGGAAUGAGUUGGCCGCUACCUUCAAGGACAUCUAUCAGUCACAAGGUCAUAUCGAUGUGGUUAUGGCCAAUGCUGGUAUUUCCCGAGAAGGAAGCUUGAUCGUGGAUGAGGAUGAGCCGUCACAGCCGGGUCUGAAAACACUUGAGGUGAAUCUCCUCGGGGCCAUUUAUUGUGUUAAACUAGCCAUCCAUUAUCUGCGAAAGAACGCUGUCAAAAAUUCUUCGCGAGGGACGAUAAUAUGCACGGCAUCGAAUGCUGGGAUCUACCCAUUUCCCGUUGCCCCAAUCUAUGGAAGCUCGAAAUCUGGGGUCAUUGGAUUGGUGAGAUCACUGGCGAAACCACUGGAGAAGCAUUCGAUUCAGAUCCAUGCACUGGCACCGGCCGUUUUAGAAACCAAUAUUGCUCCAAGCAAGGACUUAUUUAAACCCAUGAUCAUCACUCCAAUGUCAACUCUAACGAAAGGAGUCCAAAGUCUGGUUUCCAACCCAUCACUGAACGGGCACAUUUCUGAGGUACACGGGGAGAGUUUCACAAACCGAGAGCCACCCGAGUAUGUGGAUGAGGACAGUCGGAAAAAUCUGGAGACCUUCUGGAAUUUGGGAUAUGCGUAA